CUACAAAUUCUGAAGCAGUCGGUCUUACGUGCUCUGUGCAUUGCUAAUCUGUAUUGUAAGCUCAUCUCUUACAUUAGCAAGAAGAAAUGUUCGUGAAUUGUAGAGAGAAGUAAGGCGCUGAAUGGAAAAAAUCUCAUAUCAGAUAUUCUGCGUCUCCGGCAGAUAAGCCCUAGCCAGACGCUGUCCUAGUUCGGUGUACACUGAAAAAAAUGAAUGUUAAACUCGUCUGAACAGCGACACACUUACCCACAGCACGAGCUGUGAGCGUGCGUUUAACUUAUAUGCCUACACAAGGGCAAAAAGUGUCUGAAGAUCAACCACGAUAUAUUUCAAAGUCUGUGCAAUAUUUUUAUAAAUGAUAAUUCGAUUUGUAAGGCUUUGUGAUAUAUCCAAAACAGUAGUCGGUCACUCUAUUUAAGGUUCUAGUUUCACUCGUUUGCAAUUCAAUAAUUGUUCAUUAAUAUAAUAUCAUUUUCUGACAUUGAUGUAACAUUUUUCGUAGUUCUUUUACUCCGAAAAAAUGCCUGGGUGAGUUGCAAUUGCUAUUCGAGCAAAUCUAUAUUCAACCUUUACAUAUGAAAAUAAACAUCACGAGUAAAAUAUCAUGACUUUGACGAAUAUGAGUGAUGAAAAUGAGUGUAAAGAACAUAAAUUGUAAAAUUUCGAUGGUGCACAGCCAAUAUUUUGAAAAAUGCUAUACUUACUUUAACUCACGUAACAUCUCCUUAAGAGACAGAAUAAUUAUACGUGUUCUGCAAUACAAAUUUAUUUUUCACAGUGGUUUCAUUUCACGCAAGUCGACAUUUUAUUUGAUCAGAAAUUUACUGGUGAAACUUGCCACGUCAAUCCUACGCAUCCUGCUCGUCUCGACGCUCAUCAGGGAUGUUCCUUAUUCCUUCCCCUCAUCCUCACCCGUCACCGGGAGCUUCGACUUCAUCGUGGUGGGGGGCGGUACGGCGGGCAGCGCGGUGGCCGCGCGGCUCUCCGAGACCGAGGCGACCGUCCUGCUGCUGGAGGCCGGAGGGUCGGCGCCCCCCGAGUCCGUAGUUCCGUUCGCGUGGGCCCCCGUGUUGGCCCUUGGGCAGGCCUCCGUCACUGUCGCCUCCGAGCCAGAAGACAACGCCGCCUUGUCCAGUCCCGGCAGAAAAAAUAUUGCGUACUUCGGGCGAGUGAUUGGCGGCGCCUCCACUGUCAACGGCAUGGCGUUCGUGCGCGGCAGUGGAUACGAUUUCGAUUCCUGGAAAGAUCUGGGCAACGAAGGAUGGGAUUACCGUUCAGUUUUGCCUUACUUCAAGAAACUUGAGAAUUACCAAGCAGAGAGAACGCCAAGUUUAGAGAAAUACCGAGGUUUUGCGGGCCCAGUUUCCGUCUCCCAAGUGCAGCGGUGGGGCAAAUUGCGCUCGGCUAUCAAGGCCGCAGCUGCCGAACUCGGUGUCGCCUUCAACACUGUGGGCGGCAAAUCCAACAUCGGCAUCUCGUGGGCUGAUCUCGCGGUCAAGAACGGAGUUCGCUCGUCGGCGUCGGAGUCUUACUUGCGACCUGCAGCAACGCGCAGCAACCUGCGCGUCCUGACACGAGCUACAGUCACCCGGAUCAUCUUUGACGAGCAGAAGAAAGCACGCGGAGUCGAAUACACUUUCAACGGGCAGACCCACAGAGUCGUGGCCACGAAGGAGGUGGUGCUAAGCGCCGGGGCGCUGUUCACCCCCCAGCUUCUCAUGCUGUCGGGGGUUGGGCCCCCCCAAAUGUUGACAGAGAGAGGGAUCGAAGUGGUUUCGGCGCUGCCUGGCGUGGGCCAAAACCUUGACAACCACCCGGGAUUUGUGAUGCACUGGCGGGUGAAACCUGGUGUCACAAUAUCUAUUAAAGAUAUUUUCAACCCGAAAACUUACAUCGAAUACAAUUCAAAAAGAAGCGGUGUAUUGUCAGGUCCAUUUGGCACAAUAGCUCAUAAUUUUGUGAAUCUGGGAGGAGGAAACCCAGACUGGCCUGACCUCAACCUUCCCUGGACUUUGAGACCCAGCGUCCCGACACCAAAUAUUGACAAAAAGACGAACGUCCAAUUGAUCGGACUGCCAGUGCUGCAUGACACUCUCACCACACGCGUUGUUCUGAUGCGGCCCCGCAGUCGCGGAUUGGUCAGUCUCAGGUCCGCUGAUGUGGCCGAUCCUCCGCUGAUAAGAAACAACUUUUUUCAGGAUCCGUACGAUCUUAAAUUGAUGGUCAAAGGCAUACGAGAGACCUUCCGAGUGAUGAAUACCAGCGCCAUGCGAGAAAUUUUGCUUCCCCAGCCUGACACGAGUCUUAAAGCUUGCCUGCGGUACGGCCGAGACACGGACGGCUAUUGGGAGUGCUUCGUUCGACACGUCGUGGGGCAGGACGCCCACCAUUGCUGCACCGCUAAGAUGAGCCCCCCCACCGACCCCAUGGGGGUGGUGUCCCCCAGACUCCUAGUUCGUGGGGUGUCUGGCUUGCGGGUUGUCGACGCGUCAGUGAUGCCUCACGUGGUCUCAGCGAACACUAUGGCUUCUACGUACAUGGUUGCUGAGAAAGCUUCCGACAUGAUAAAGCAAGAUUGGGGAUACCCGGUCCAGCAACUGUAUUAAGCAAGAUUGGGGCUACCCGGUCCAGCAAUUGUAAUAAGUAGGGGCGAACCGUUGUAGACCAACAAAAGAAGGGAAGAUGAAUAUACCAGCAAUGGUGGCCGAGAACUACACUGGACGGUUCCGCGUACGCUGCUAAAAAACGUUGAAAAUUUUGAUGUACGAUUAUAGCAUCUAUUCACGAUGACUCUUAAGUUUCAAGUUUAGUUCAAUACCGAACGGUUUCUAUAUCUUCAUUUUCCUUACAUGUUUCGUGACAUUUAUCAGUCAAAAUCAAUAAAAAAUUUUAAGUUGUGUCAAUUAAAUGACAAUUCACUCUAUCAUUAUCCAUGGGCCUAUUUCUUCAAUGCCGACACUUCUAUUUUAUGCUAUUCUAUUACACAUUGAUUGCGUUAUACCAAUCAUCUGUCAUGUAGAUUAUAAUUUUUAUCAGAUAAUCCUUUUUCUUGGGUAAUU